AAGAGAAUGAUGGCCGUCGAAGAAACUCGAGGGGGCGGCGUGGGAUUGGGAUCGAAGUCUUUGGUGGUUUUAUUGCUAACCUUAAACAUACGUUUAAGGGAAAGGGGAUUUUGCUUCGUGACAGACGAGUCACGGACAUGGAAAAACGUGCUUGUCGUUGAAGAUCGAAGAUCGCGACCUUUGUUUGUUUUCAAGCUCUCUUUGCCGAGACGCAAGCAACAGCCCAAGGGAAAGCUCUUCUUCUUGCUGCCGUAUCAGCAUCCGCUCCGAGUACAAUCUCUCUAGCAUUGCCAAUUCAACUCAAUCAAGACACCACCAUGAAGCUCUCCACCAUCAUUGCUCUUUUGGCUUCUGCCAGCUCUGCCGCUGCCUUUGCCCCUUCCAAGAGCGCCUCUACCAGUUCUUCUCUUGAUCUCACCAAGGCCGAAAUCUUGAGUGAGCCCAACACAAUUGAAUUCGGAAAGGUCUGGGACCCUCUUGGUUUGUCCGAAAUGGGAUCUGAUACUACCCUUGCUUGGUUCAGGCACUCUGAGGUCAAGCAUGGCCGUGUCGCCAUGGCUGCUUUCGUCGGUUGGUGGGCCGUUGGUGCCGGACUUCGUUUCCCCGGAGAGCUGGCCUACGGACUUGACUUUGCUUCCGUCCCCUCCAAGGGACUUGAUGCUUGGGAAGCUGUCCCAGGAUGGGGAAAGGCACAAAUGCUCAUCUUUGCUGGUUUGAUCGAGUUCCAUGAUGAGCUCUGGUACAGCCAGAAGAGCACUCACUACAUGAAGGGAGGUGUCCCAGGAAAGUGCAUGUGCCCUGGAGUCUUUGAUCCUUUCAACUUGAGCUCCAAGAAGGGAGAAGCAGCUCUUGCCAAGGGACGCAGCGCCGAAAUCAAGAACGGACGUCUUGCCAUGAUUGGCGUUGCCGGUAUGUGGGCUGCUGCCACCCUUCCAGGCUCUGUUCCUCUGCAGCCCGAUUGCUAAAUGGCUUGGCGGCUAGCUAGCUGUACGGCAUCGCAUUAGAAAUAAAUGCGAUGCUGUACGGAAUGCCGUUUGUGGGGUUGUACCUGAUGGCUACCUCAAUUGUUGGUAGUAGAGAAUGGAACAGCAACGCCUCCUUUUUAUACUGUAAUGACUAUAGAUUUCUCCAGCAGUAGAUAAUAUCGGUCCUGGGUAGACGUGUAAUAGUAUGGAGCUACAAUGGACCUUCACGGCGAGGCACUUGAAGGAAAGCAUCCAUAGAUCCCCAAUUUAUCACGUGUUGUGCAUUGACCACAGGCAACAGCCGUGGUCGAAAGCACAAGUCUGAGGGCAGGGAACUGUCCGUGAUCUAUGGUAUCGUGGCCAGGGAUACAUCGAGGCACACUGUUUCAAAAGGAGAUAUGCAGAGAUGCAAUUCAGCCAGUGGGACAGCAAGUAACCUCCACGCCCUUCUUGGGUGAUGAGUCACAUUCUUGCUGGACAGGUCGAGGUGAGGUCCUACAAGCUAGACUAUGGUAAC